AUGGUUGCUAAGAAGAGAAACAGUCUGAGAGGCAAAGUAAAUGCAAGAAAUGGUCAAAAAACCGGAGCAAGCGCGCUGGACGAUGGCGUUCUAAUCCAGCCGUGUGACUUGGAAUCUGAUCCAAGGGCGUUUUUACAUCAACCCAAGGAAACUAAAAAGGAAAAACUCCUCAACAGACAAAACACAUUCCUAUCACAACUUAAGGAAAGAUCUAUGCUUGGUGACCGCGCGAACGCUAAUCUCGACGGCAUUUCCAAGUCCUCUGUUAGACGGAGGAAAAGGAAACUAAGAGAAGAAUUAAAACCAAGAAUGCAAGAUCUGCUCACUUCUCUAGAACAAGAAAAGGAUUUGCAGGGCAUAAUGGAGGAGUCUAGUGCGGCUGUGGAUGGCGAUGAUGAGAUUACUAUGGACUCAAGGAUAAGAUUUGUAGAUACUAAGGAAUUGCACUCGAAGAAGGCAGAACCAGGAUCCAUAAGGAUAAAAAAGAACCAGCCGAAUAUGAGGAAUCAAAAGGGUGCAAAGGCGUUAGCGGCUAACGAAACUGCAAGAUUCAGCCAGGUUUUAACCAACGAAGAUUUCCAAAAAAAUCCAUUUGGAGCCCUGAGAGAAGUUAUUAAAUUGCAAAAGCAAUGA